UAGGGAAUUCUACAUGGCAGUUACCAAACAAAUGGCGCAAAAGUUCCCUUGCCAUGAUGAUGCAUUGGAAAAUAUGACUUUUUUGAACCCAGAGUUUAAAGAACUGCUGGAAACUGAUUGUGUCUUCAAACUUGCUAAAAGAUUUCCCCAGAUUCUUGGUGAUACAUGCAGUUUGGAUGAAUUACACGAGGAAUUUCUGGACUAUCAGCUAACACCAAAAGAAGAGCUACCACCUGCUGACUUGGGAGCUGACAAAUUCUGGAGCCAGAUGGCCAAAGUUAUGGAACCAUUUAGUAGCAAAUGCAGAUUUGGACUACUGACUAAAUUAGCUUUAGCUUGUUGUGCGAUACCCGUCAGCAAUGCUGAUCCAGAGAGAAUCUUUUCCAUGCUGAAGAAAAUUCAAACAGAGAUGAGAUCAGAUCUAGACUGAAACAAUGACACCAUAUGUUCCUUAAUUUGUUCUAAACAAAAUCAAGAUGUUUGUUGUUUUGAAAACAAACCAGGUGACGAGGUUCUAAUGGCAGUAAAACAAACUGUAGUUACAUAUCAGCAGUUUCUGAGUGCAA